CCUGCAACGUCUGUCAUUGAAAGCAACCAAGAGCCAGAAUGGAGUUUCACUGCGCCACAGAGAUGAACGGAAAUGUGCCCGCAGUUACUAAGCUGAGCAAGUGCAUUGAUACUAAAAACGAUGAUUUGCGCAAAGAGGAGAAAGACUCAAAAGAAGAAGAAUAUUCGACCAAGCUGUCCUGCAUAGAGAAGGCGUACAGAACCGUCCUGAGCGAGCUGGGAGAGAACACUGAGCGGGAGGGACUUUUACGCACACCCUUACGCGCAGCCAAGGCCAUGCAGUUUCUCACAAAGGGCUACCAGGAGACAACCCAGGCGAUCUUGAACGAUGCGAUCUUUGAUGAAAACCAUGAAGAGGUGGUGAUUGUCAAGGACAUCGAUUUGUUCUCUCUUUGUGAACAUCAUCUGGUGCCCUUCUUCGGAAAGGCUCACAUCGCAUACCUCCCAAACAAGAAGGUGGUUGGUCUGAGCAAGCUCGCGAGAAUUGUAGAGAUCUUCAGCAGGAGACUUCAAGUCCAGGAGCGUCUAACCAAACAGAUAGCAACAGCCAUAAACGAGGCAUUGGAGCCUGCUGGAGUGGCUGUGGUGAUCGAAGCCGCUCACAUGUGCAUGGUGAUGAGAGGUGUGCAGAAGAUGAACGCCAAGACUGUAACAAGUGUCAUGCUGGGAACUUUCCAAAAAGAUCCCAAGAUCCGGGAGGAGUUUCUGUCUCUGACACUGGGGAAAUGAGCAGUUUUGACCUCAGCAGGCAGGUCUACAGAGGGAUAUGUCCACUUUUCUGUCUGCCAGUUUUUCAAUGAAAUUCUGUUUCAUCUGUCUCCAUUUAGGGAUGGCUGUGGUCUUACUUCAGCUGAUACAUUUUUGGUUGGUGCCUAGAUCUGUGAGACAGUUGAAAUAUCACAUACAAAUGUAAAUGCCUCUUACAAUGAUGAUCAACGGUUGUUAUUUUCCUUUAUUCUUAUUUAUUAUUUGAAACAUUUGUCUUUGUUAUUCAGGAACACACUACCUUACUGUAUUCUGAUGAAUAAUAUGAACCUGUACUGUGUGCUGUCUGAUGCUAUAUGGUGCUAUGUCUGGUCACAGUGGACUGUA